AUGGCCACUGUGUCAAGCUCAACGUCUCUGUUACGAGACCCAGCGUUGUUUAGAGAAAAGGCCUACAUUAACGGGCAAUGGACCGAGGCCGGUGCUAACUCACGGUUCUCGGUCUUCAACCCAUUUUCAAAAGAAUACCUGGGCUCAUGCCCCGACCUUGAUAAUUCGGGAACAGAAGAAGCAAUUAAUUUCGCUGAAAAGGCAUUUGAGGAUUUCCAGCAUUCCUCACCUCGAGAGCGCAAAAGAAUCUUGAAGGACUGGUUUGAGCUUAUGCAAGAACAUGAGAAAGACCUUGCCACGAUUCUGAGUCUUGAGAAUGGAAGACCGAUUGGGGCAGCCCAUGCUGAGAUUAAGUAUGCAGCCAGUUUCCUCGAAUGGUUUGAAGGUGAGUCAGUCCGCUCCUACGGAGAUUCAGGCCAAGCCAGUGCAAGAGGAACACAAGUUAUCACGAUAAAGCAGCCGAUCGGUGUUGCUGGAAUAAUCACGCCCUGGAACUUUCCAUCUGCCAUGAUAACUCGAAAGGCGGGUGCUGCUCUCGCGGCUGGCUGCUGUAUGGUUAUUAAGCCAGCGGCCGAGACACCAUACUCCGCGUUGGCCCUAGCUGAGCUGGGCCAUCGUGCUGGUAUUCCUGCUGGCGUAAUCAAUGUUUUGACCAGUCAAAGCAAUACUGUAGAUGUUGGAAAGCUCAUCUGCGAGCAUCCUUCUGUUAAGAAGCUGUCUUUUACAGGGUCUACUGCCGUUGGCAAGACUCUGAUGCAACAGUCAAGCCAUUCCCUCAAGAAGCUCUCGAUGGAGCUUGGAGGGAAUGCUCCAUUUGUUGGCAAGGUGUAUAUUCAAAAGGGCAUUGAGGACACAUUCGUGGAUAGGCUGAUAGACACCAUCAACGAGCAAGUUAUCAAAGGAGACCCUCUGUCGUCUGGCACAACCAUCGGACCUCUGAUCAACGUCAAGUGGACCAAAAAGGUCGAGCGACUCGUAGAGGACGCUCUCCAGCAAGGAGCGAAUCUAGUGCUAGGUGGAACGCGAUCGGCAGAUGACCAAGAGAACUAUUACCCGCCUACGAUCCUGACAGGCAUGUCACAUUCGAUGCAGGCAAGCAAGGAGGAAUUGUUUGGACCGGUGGUUGCUGUCUACUCAUUUGAGGACGACAAGGAUUUGAUUGCAAUGGCCAAUGACUCGGACGUCGGCCUCGGCGCUUAUAUCUACACCGACACGCUUAGCCAGGCGUGGAAGACGACUGAAAUGCUACAAACUGGCAUGGUCGGGGUCAACACGGGUGUAAUAUCCGACCCUGUGGCCCCGUUUGGUGGAGUCAAACAUUCGGGCUUCGGACGAGAAGGCGGCAGAACCGGAAUUGAAGAGUUCCAGGUGCUCAAGACCGUAAGUAUCGGCGGACUCGAUGGCCGAUAG